AUGAAUUGUUCUUUCUCUGAAUUUCCACAAAUAAAUUCAUCUUCUUCUUCAGUUCAGAUUUCGCUCCAUGUUGUUGAUGGUAUUAAAGAUUUCUUUUUUCUUCCCUUCAAGUUUAAAGUGGGUUUCUUAGCUAGGGUUUUAAGGGUUUCGGGUUUCUCUGCAAUGGAUGCCUGGAUUUGGUUAUUAUCUGAUGUUCGCAACUCGUUGCUGCUCAUCAAUGGUGCUCGAGUGGGUGCUGAACCCAAACUUCCCUUUUUUGGGGUCAAAGUGAGUGGGAAGUUGCAGUUACUUGUCUCCAUUGUUACCUUACAAUGGAAGCUUGACUUAGCUGCUAUGGUUGUCACUCACUUGAGUGCUUCCCACAGUCCCUUAUGCGAGCUAAAUUCUAGUUGGAAUUUUUGCUUUUUAAAUAAUUAUGAUUCUUGGGUUUGGAAUAUUAGAGAGAUUGAUUUUAGUCUUCUCUCUCCUAUUAUCUCGGAUGAAGAUAAUGCUUUGCUUGUAGCAAUAGUCUCACCCGAGGAGAUUAAAGAUGCAGUUUUCGAUCUUGCUCCUGAUAAAUCUCCUGGUCCUGACGGAUUUCCUCCUUUCUUUUUUCAAAAAUAUUGGACCCUUGUUGGAAAUUCAGUUAUAAUUCUUCAUGUGCAAAUCAUUUUAGAGCUAUUAGUCUUUGUUCCAAUUUAUAAGAUAAUUUCUAAAGUCAUUACUAAUCACUUAAAAUUAGUCCUUGGAAAAAUCAUCCACCCCCUUCAGGGUGCCUUUGUUCCUGAACGUGCUAUUCAAGAUAAUAUUUUAAUAGCUCAUGAAGUGUUUCACUCUUUCAGUAAAAAAUCUGGUUAUGAGGGGUGGAUAGUUGUUAAGCUCAAUAUGGAAAAAGCUUAUGAUAGAUUAGAAUGGAAUUAUAUAUUAGUUACUCUGAGAAAGUUGGGUUUUUGCUCUCAAUGGGUAGAAUGGAUUAAAUGUUGUAUCUCAACUCCUUCUUUCUCGGUGCUGGUCAAUGGUAUCCCAAGUGAUAGAUUCAUCCCUUCUAGAGGUAUUCGUCAAGGUGACCCUCUAUCUCCCUAUCUCUUUAUUCUUUGUUCGGAGCUCCUUGCUAGGCAACUCUCUGCGGCUAUUGCCCAAAACGACAAGCCAAUUGGAGUCUCUAAAGGAAAAUCUGGUGUUCGUAUCCCGUUCCUUACUUUUGCAGACGAUACUAUGAUCUUUGCUAGGGCCUCUGAAGUUAGUUGCUCUACUAUUAAGCGGAUUCUUGAUAAAUAUUGUUCUAUGUCUGGUCAACUUGUAAAUUUUCAUAAGUCCGCCUUUCAAUGUUCCCCGAAUGUUCUAGAUUAUUCCAAAAUUAAUUUUGCUUCUAUGUUGGGUAUGACUGAGGUAGACAAUUUAGGAGAGUACUUAGGCUGCCCAAUUAUAGACUCUCGAGUCACAAAGGAAACUUUUGGGAAAGUUUGUUGUAAAGUGGUUAGCCAGUUGCCUAAGUGGAAAGCAAAUUCCCUAUCGCAAGCAGGUAGAACGGUCCUAAUUCAAGAUAAUUUGGCGACUAAAGCUAAUUAUCAGAUGCAAAAUUUCUAUCUUCUUAAGCCAAUUCUCUCUAGUUUGGAUAAAUCCUAUAGGAAUUUUUUUUGGAAUAAAGAUAAUCUUAACAAGACUGCAAAUUUGAUUGGUUGGGACAAAAUUUGUCUUCCUAAACAAUAUGGGGGUUUAGGCAUCAGAAAAGUUGAUGUCAACAAUGUAGCUUUGCAGAUGAAACUUCUCUGGAAACUUAUCAAGCUGAAAGAUAAUUUAUGGGUUAAUUUGGUUAAAAAGAAGUAUAUUAAAUUUCAAGAUAUUCUUACUCAUAAAGUCUCCUCAGUUGCGUCUUGGCAAUGGAAAAAACUCAUGUCUAUUUGGCCUUUGUUUAAAAAGGGUUUAAGAUGGCAGGUAGGGAAUGGUAGAGAUAUUAGUUUUUGGGAUGAUAAUUGGGUGUUCCAGUAUCCUAUUAGGAUGGUGGUUAGUCCUCUUCCUGGGCCAGAAAACUUUAGGGUUAGUGAUCUUAUGGACGAGUUUGGGGGGUGGGACCGAAUCAAGAUUGGUUUGUUAGUUCCCUCACAUAUUGUUUCCAGGAUAUGUUCUUACUAUCUCCCUUCGUCUUCUCAAAAAGACUCUCUAGUUUGGGGUUUGACUGCGGACGGUGAGUAUUCAGUCAAGACAGGGUCACUUUUAGCUCAGGGUGUUUUUAAUCCAAAUUUUGAGAAAGUAGAAUUUGCUUGGUUAUGGAAGCUUCAAGUCCCCCCUAAAAUUAAAAUGUUCCUAUGGAAAGCUUGUCAUGAUGGGCUUCCCUCUAAGGAUAGGCUUGAAAAAUGCAAAGUUUUUAUUCCUCAGCAAUGUGUGUUAUGUUGUAAUGCCUUAGAGUCUAUCUCUCAUCUCUGUUUUCAGAGCCCGUUUACGUUAGAGGUUUUUGCUUGUCUCCAAUUCAUCAGAAAUAAAGUUAUUUUCAAUGAUGAAGGUUUCUCCCCUCAUAGGGUUAGUUAUAUGAUUAGCAGUUUUUUUGCUCAGCGGAGUAAGUCUGCUGCUGAAGGUGGGAAUGAUAUCAUUAUUCCUUCCCCCACUAUCAUCAGGCCUUUUCCGAAGGUUGCCAGAGCAGGUCCCAAUCUUGUUUGGUCCCCCCCUCCCGCUAAUUUAUGUAAGCUCAAUUUUGAUGGUUCUAAAGAUAGCAUUAGCAAUGCUGCUUUAGGUUUUGUUAUUCGUAAUAGUAGUGGCGAGGUUUUGCUAGCUGGGGCUAAGUCGUUGGGGCCUCACAUUUCUAUUGUUCAAGCCGAGGCUUGGGCCCUUAGUGAAGGUGUUAAAGGAGCUAUUUCUCUUGAUAUCUCGCAUAUUAUAAUUGAAGGAGAUAACCUUAUUGUCAUUAAUUCUAUGAAGAACUCUUGGCGUAUUCCAUGGGAGAUUUAUAAUAUUGUGAAAUUAAAGAUGCAGGUGUAUAUCUUAGAUGUGUGGAAGCUUAAGAGGCAUGUCAAAUGCUUGAGGAGACGUAUCGUGGCACUGAGGCAACCACUCUGUCGAGAGAAAUCUCUCCUUAAAAGUGCAUUUUAUGAGUUAAUAUUGGACCACCAUGCGACAAAACACUGCAAACAUCGCCAAAAAGUGUGA